AGAUACCUAUACUCGUGUGUGCUAUGAUUCAGCUUGGUUUGGCAGCUGCGCUUUGGAGUGAGAUUCGUGAAUUUUAUUGCUGUUGGUGAAGUACCAAAACGAAGGUCAACCGCUAAACUCAUUGUAGCGUAAAACAGCUGGCAGAGAAGGCAAACAUUUUUCAAAUUUGUGCAACAAGUUGUAAUAUUUUGACAAUCAUCACUUGUCUCAAUAAGUGCAGUUCAAAAAAUUUCACACCAAACAGUCACAAAAACAUAUAAACACAAAAUAAAUUACAAGCAAGAAAAAUCAAGCGAAAAUGGUUUUGGAUUUGGAAAAACGUACUUAUCUAUUUGUAACAGGCGCAUCACGUGGCAUUGGACAGCGUAUGUCCAUUGAAGUUGCAGCCAAAUUGAAGCCGGGUUCUAUAAUCGUGCUGUUGGCACGUAGCGAACAAGGUUUGUUAAACACAAAAGAAAGCAUCGAGGCAUUGGGUAAUAAUGUGAAAGUGUAUACCUACUCGACCGAUCUGAGUCUCGUCACAGCAACGCAAUUCCGCGAACUGUUGGAGAAGUCAUUGAAAGGAGUAAAAAUAAGCGACUUUGAACGUGCAUUUAUCAUACACAAUGCUGGUACAGUGGGUGAUGUGUCGAAAAGUGCCGUGGACGUGUCCGACGCCAAUGUUUGGCAACAAUAUUAUUAUGUGAAUGUUUUCUCUGUGAUCUCGCUGAAUUGUGAGUUUUUCCGUGUUUUUAGCGGUACACCCAAAGUGGUGGUGAACAUAACAUCAAAAUGUGGCAUUGAACCAUUUGCAUCGAUGAGUUUCUAUUGUUCCGGCAAGGCAGCUAGAGAGAUGUAUUUCCGUGUUCUCGCCACCGAACAAGCAUUGGAUAAUGUGGUUGUAUUGAAUUAUGCGCCAGGUGCAAUUGAUACGGAAAUGACGGAGCAGGUUCAGCGAGAAUCAACCAAUAAAGAAUUGGUUGGUCUUUUCAAAAAGCAACGAGAUAACAAAACAAUGUUAACUCCAGAACAAACAACGGCAAAAUUCCUACAGGUGCUACAGGAGCAAAAAUUCAAAACCGGUGAUCAUGUGGACUACUAUGAUGAGUGAGAGAACACAAUUCAAAUAUGCAAAAUCACAAUAUAAUGCAGGAAAGUGCUACUUAGGCCAGUCUCAAAUUUUAGCAAACAUUUACAUUUAGCUUUAAAUAAUUGUGCAAAAUAUUUACAAUAAUUCGGGUGUACAUAAAUUAUAAAUAAAUAUAAUGAAAAGCAUUUUCGGAACUUAAUAUAAA